AUGGUGCAGGAAAUGAAGAGAAAUGGACAUAAAAGUGAAGAAAAAGAAGAACAGAAAUGGGUGCUUGAUGAUUCUGUUGAUUAUAAGGGCAGAGUUCCUCUCCGUGCUGCCACCGGUGUAUGGAAAGCUUCUCUUUUUGUCCUUGCUGUUUCAACGAGUGAAAGGAUAACCUAUUUUGGUUUAAGCGGUAAUCUCAUCAUGUACUUGACUAGAGUGAUACAUCAAGAUCUCAAAACAGCAACCAAUAAUGUAAACUACUGGAAAGGAGCAACAACAUUGUUGCCUCUAAUUGGGGGCUAUGUUGGUGAUGCCUACACUGGUAGAUUUCGUAUGAUCCUCUUUUCUUCCCUUUUAUACAUCAAGGGAUUAAUCAUGCUGACCAUGACUCAAUUCGUCCCAAGUCUAAAACCAUUGAACAAUGACAUAUCAGAUCAGACAAAUAAGGUUCAUGAAGUGGUUUUCUACCUUGGUCUAUACAGUUUGGCCUUGGGUACUGGAGGAUUCAGACCGUGUUCAAUUAGCUUUGGAGCUGAUCAAUUUGAUGAUGAGCACCUUGAAGAACGAAAGGAGAAGAUGUCUUUCUUCAACUGGAUGACCUUUUCAUUCAGCUUUGCAUUGCUGCUGGGAACAACAGUGAUUGUUUACGUUCAGGACUUUGUCAGCUGGGGAGUUGCUUGUCUCGCCCUCGCAAUUGUUAUGGCCCUAACUACCAUUGCUUUUUAUUUUGGGAUUCCUCUCUACAGGUACAAAAUGAAGCCAAAAGAAAACCCUUUAUUGCCAAUUCUACAAGUUCUAAUUGCUGCCGUAAGGAAAAGGAAUCUGUCUUGUCCUUCAAAUCCUGCGUUAUUGUUUGAAGUCCCAGAGUCAGAGAAUUCCCAGAGAAGGCUUCUAAGUCAUACAAGCAGGUUCAGGUUUCUUGACAAAGCUGCAAUAGUGGAAGAGAAGUAUACAGAGGAGAAAGAGAAUCCGUGGAGAUUAGCAACAGUGACAAGAGUGGAGGAGACAAAGCUUAUUCUGAAUGUUGUUCCCAUAUGGCUAACUACAGCAUUAGUUGGAGUAUCUGUAGCAUAUGGAUCAACACUCUUUGUCAAACAAUCAGCCGCUAUGAACUUAAAGAUAAGUAAUAGCUUCGAAAUCCCACCAGCAUCCAUGUUGUCCCUUACAGGCUUUGUCACCAUGGUGUUUGUCCCAAUAUAUGAUAAAAUCAUUGUUCCAAUUCUAAGGAAAGUGACUGGUAAUGAAAGAGGCAUCAGCAUACUUAGGAGGAUUGGCAUAGGCUUAACAUUGUUAAUCAUAGUCAUGGCUUAUGCUGCCUUGGUAGAAACAAAGAGACUGAGAAUGGUUGGAGAUGAAGUGGUAACAGAAGAGGGAACUAAGCAGGAGAGUAUGAGUUUGAUGUGGAUGAUACCCCAAUUCAUUAUAAUUGGUAUUGGAAAUGCAUUUUAUCUAACUGGUUUGCAAGAGUAUUUCUAUGAGGAAGUUCCUGACUCAAUGAGAAGCAUAGGAAUGGCUUUGUAUCUUAGUGGGAUGGGAGUAGGAUUCUUCUUCAGCAGCUUUCUUUUAAUAAUCGUCGACUACGUCACGGGGAAGAUUGGAAAAACUUGGAUUGCAAAGGAUGUAAAUUCAAGCCGUUUAGAUAAACUUUAUUGGUUGAUGGUUGGAUUAAAUAUUCUAAAUUUGGUUUUCUUUGUGUUUAUAGCAAUGAGGUAUACUUAUAAGACUGUACACAAGAAAGCUACGGAUGAUGGUUCCAAUGCUGACGGAGUGGAAACACUUCCAUGA